GGGGGGUGCUGGGUGAGGACUGGUGGCGGAUCUUCUACCCAAGGCAAAGGAGGGAGCCGAGGCGAUGGGCGAAGCGCAGACCGCCUAGCAGGAUUGAUCCUCCUUCAACCAGGCCUUGCUGAUGAUGAAUGGAACAGCCAAUGUGAACGCAGCUGGACGAAGCCAUUAUGCCUCCUCUAUACCUGUUCCCAGAGCUGCAUCCCACAGCAAGAUACAUACCCUGGCAGCAUCGCCCAAAUUGCCCCCAAGACAGAACAGUGUGGGAGCUGUUCCCUCGCAGAGGGCAUCAUCACCCAGGACAGGGAAGGGGCUGGUUAGCUCAAGCAGUGGAGCUCCAAAAGGAUCCAAGCAAAAGCUGAUCCCGAAGACUCCAGCAGCUGCAAGCCCUGGGCAGGAGAAAUCGGAGGCGUCUGAGAGCCAUGGUGGGUCAGAUGGGAUAGACUCCAGCCUCAGCCUGAGCAUGGUGUCUGGCUGCAGCAGUCCCAGGGGGAUGCAGAGGUCCAGCUCCAGAACUAUUGGGGCAAAUAAGAAAGCUGCUGUUCAAGCAACCGAGAGAAGCAAGGACACCACAAAACAUGGGGAAGACAGUAGCAGCCGCGGUGCCAAGAAGGGUCUUGGGAAGCCCAGUACAAUUCCUGAACCUGCAAAAACCUCUCACCUCCCAGGAAAGAGCCCUUCCUAUCUCAGCUUGUAUAGUGAGACUUUGUUGACCAGGUCUUCAGAGGGAUCCACCACAAAGAGGCCUCAGAGUUGUCCUGUUAAAGGUCAGUGGGCCUCAGAAGCCAAUGGGAAAGGAAGUGGAACGUCUAAGCCAGAGGAAAAACCUCAGGUGAUCUCACUGGACACAAGCAACCUCAAUAAGGGCCCUGUGCUGCACACUGGGCCUAUCAGUUUUUCCUCUGUGCCUCAGCACAACCAUCCCAUCAUGGCCACGGUAGCCCCGUUCCAUUAUCGGCGACAGGGUGAGAAAGAGAGGAGCAGCUCAUCUAAAGAGGAGUCUGCAUGUGAAGAGCAGCAGCCCAACCCUACUGAAGGGCCUGAACAUGGCUUGAGAAGCACGGAUCCUGAAUCCCAGAGAAAGAGGACAGUACAGAAUGUGCUUGACUUGCGGCAGAACCUGGAGGAGACCAUGUCCAGCUUGAGGGGCUCCCAAGUAACUCACAGCUCGCUGGAGAUGACGUGUUAUGACAGCGAUGAAGCCAACCCCCGCAGCGUGUCCAGCCUGUCCAACCGCUCCUCUCCCCUCUCCUGGCGCUAUGGUCAGUCCAGCCCCCGCCUGCAGGCUGGAGAUGCCCCUUCAGUGGGUGGGGGAUGCCGCUCGGAAGGCACCCCCAGCUGGUACAUGCAUGGGGAGCGAGCUCAUUAUUCCCACACCAUGCCCAUGCGCAGCCCCAGCAAGCUCAGCCACAUUUCCCGCCUGGAGCUUGUGGAGUCGCUUGAUGCUGAUGACGUUGAUCUCAAAUCCGGGUACAUGAGUGACAGUGACUUAAUGGGCAAGACCAUGACUGAGGAUGAUGAUAUCACCACAGGCUGGGAUGAGAGUAGCUCCAUCAGCAGCGGCCUCAGCGAUGCCUCUGACAAUCUCAGCUCAGAAGAGUUCAAUGCCAGCUCCUCGCUCAAUUCCCUGCCUUCCACCCCCACGGCUUCUCGCAGGAACUCCGCCAUAGCGCUGCGCACAGACUCUGAGAAGCGCUCACUGGCAGAGAGUGGGCUGAACUGGUACGGAGAGCCAGAAGAGAAGGCUCAGAAGAAGAUGGACUAUGACAGCGGGAGUCUGAAAAUGGAGCACAGCUCUUCCAAAUGGCGACGGGAGCGCUCGGAAAGCUGUGACGAGGCUCCUGCCAAAGGCGGAGAUCUGAAAAAGCCAGUCAGUUUGGGCCCACCGGGCUCCUUGAAGAAGGGCAAGACUCCCCCUGUGGCAGUGACCUCUCCCAUCACCCAUACAGCCCAGACCCUCAAAGUGGCAGGUAAACCUGAAGCAAAAGCGACAGACAAGAACAAGCUUUCUGUAAAGAACGCCAGCCUGCAGCGCUCAUCUUCUGAUGCUGGCCGAGAUCGGAUUUCAGAUGCCAAGAAACCUCCUUCUGGGCUGUCCCGGACCACAACUUCCAGCUCCUUUGGCUACAAGAAGCCACCUCCUGCAACUGGCACUGCCACGGUGAUGCAAGCUGGUGGCUCGGCCACCCUUGGUAAGAUCCAGAAGACCUCUAGCAUCCCAGUCAAGCCGGUCAAUGGAAGGAAAACGAGCUUGGAUGUCUCUAAUGCUGUGGAGCCUGGCUUCUUGGCCCCAGGGGCCCGCACCAACAUUCAAUACCGGAGCCUGCCACGCCCAGCUAAAUCUAGUUCCAUGAGCGUGACUGGUGGGCGCAGUGGGCCACGGCCAGUGAGCAGCAGCAUUGACCCCAGCCUGCUCAGCACAAAAGGGAGCAUCAGCGUCUCGCGGCUGAAAGAGCCCUCUAAGAUUGGCACAGGCCGGAGCACGCCAGUGCCAGUGAAUCAGACGGACAGGGAGAAGGAGAAAGCUAAAGCCAAAGCUGUGGCCCUGGACUCUGACUGCGUCUCGCUCAAGAGUAUUGGCUCCCCUGAAAGCACCCCGAAGGCUCAAGGUGGGCACCAGACUUCUGCUAAAGUGGCUGAGUUGCCACCAACUCCACUCAGGUCAGCUGCCAAAAGCUACGUAAAAGCUCCUUCUCUGGCCAACCUGGACAAGGUGAACUCCAACAGUCUGGACCUCCCUCCCUCCAGCGAACACCAGAUGCACGGUGGCAAACUGCACGAGCCCCACCCAGCUGCAGUGAACGUGGGCACCCACCUCACGUCGUGCUUCACGCCAAGCCCUGCUCCGGUCCUUAACAUUAACUCUGCUAGCUUCUCCCAGGGCCUGGAGCUCAUGGGGGGCUUCAGCAUCCCCAAGGAAUCCCGCAUGUACCCCAAGCUCUCAGGGUUGCACAGGAGCAUGGAGUCCUUACAGAUGCCUAUGAGCCUGCACAGUCCCUUCUCUGCAGGCAAUACAACUGCUCCCACCACUGUUCCCACCCCUCCCGUUGUGGCUGCUGAGGAGGAACCCAGUGAGAUGUCCUGGACGGGGAGCCCCAGGAUCACACACCUGGACAGCUCUAACCGUGAUCGGAAUACAUUGCCCAAGAAGGGACUAAGGUAUCAAAUCCAGUCCCAGGAAGAGGCCAAGGAGAGGCGGCACUCCCACACGAUUGGAGGAUUGCAGGAAUCAGAUGAUCAGUCUGAGCUGCCUUCCCCUCCUGCUCUCUCCAUGCCGUUGGUUGGAAAGGCACCACUCACUAAUAUUGUGACCCCCACGGCAGCCAACACCCCGAGGAUCACCCGCUCCAACAGCAUCCCCACCCACGACUCCACCUUCGAGCUGUACAAUGCAUCCCCCAUGGGCAGCACCCUCUCCCUGGCAGACCGGCCCAAGGGCAUGAUCCGUUCGGGCUCCUUUCGCGACCCUGUGGAUGAUGGUGAGAGUCCUGCACCCAGCCAGGAGGACAAGAGUCUCCUCCACAGUAAUAAUGUUCACGGAUCUGUGCUGUCCCUGGCGUCGAGUGCUUCCUCCACUUACUCCUCAGCUGAGGAGAGGAUGCAGUCUGAGCAAAUCCGCAAACUGCGCCGUGAGUUGGAGUCAUCCCAGGAGAAAGUGGCCACGUUGACAUCCCAGCUUUCAGCCAACGCAAACUUAGUAGCAGCCUUUGAGCAGAGCCUCGUGAACAUGACUUCCCGUCUCCGACAUCUUGCAGAGACUGCGGAAGAGAAGGACACUGAGCUGGUGGACUUGAGGGAGACAAUUGAUUUCUUGAAGAAAAAGAACUCGGAAGCCCAAGCUGUUAUCCAAGGGGCCCUGAAUGGAACAGACAUUACACCCAAAGAGCUGCGUAUCAAGAGGCAGAACUCGUCGGACAGUAUAUCCAGCCUGAACAGCAUCACCAGCCAUUCUAGCAUCGGCAGUGGCAAGGAUGCAGAUGCCAAGAAGAAGAAAAAGAAGAGCUGGGUGUAUGAGUUGAGGAGCUCUUUCAACAAGGCUUUCAGCAUCAAGAAGGGCCCAAAAUCUGCCUCCUCCUAUUCCGACAUAGAGGAGAUCGCCACCCCAGAUUCUUCCGCACCAUCGUCCCCCAAACUACAACAUGGAUCCACGGAGACAGCCUCGCCCUCCAUCAAAUCUUCCAACUCCUCUUCUGUGGGCAUUGAUAACACUGAGUUGUUCCAGGCCAAUGAAGAAGAGGAGCCUGAGAAAAAGGAGGUCUCAGAGCUGCGCUCAGAGCUGUGGGAGAAGGAAAUGAAACUGACCGACAUACGUUUGGAGGCCCUAAACUCUGCCCACCAGCUGGACCAACUGCGCGAAACUAUGCACAACAUGCAGCUGGAAGUGGAUCUAUUGAAAGCUGAGAACGACCGGCUGAAGGUGGUUCCUGGGCCCUCUUCUGUGCCAAGCUCCAUCCCAAGUCAUGUCUUGAGCUCAUCUGCUGCCUCUUCUCCAAGACGCUCUCUAGGGCUCCAGCUCACUCACCCUUUCAGUCCCAGUUUGACUGAUACAGAGCUUUCGCCAAUGGAUGGCAUCAGUGCUGGCACCCAGAGGGAUGAUGUGACACUACGAAUUGUAGUGCGCAUGCCACCUCAGCACAUCAUCAAAGGGGACCUGAAGCAGCAGGAAUUCUAUCUGGGCAGUAGCAAAGUGAGUGGGAAACUGGAUUGGAAAAUGCUGGAUGAAGCAGUCUGUCAGGUCUUCAAGGACUACGUCACCAAGAUGGACCCUGCUCUCACACUGGGGCUCAGCAUUGAGUCUGUCUAUGGCUAUAGCAUCAGCCACAUCAAGCGAGUCUUGGACACAGAGCCACCAGAAAUGCCGCCUUGCCGACGGGGUGUGACCAGCAUCGCGGUGACAUUGAAAGGUUUGAAAGAGAAGUGUGUGGACAGCUUGGUGUUUGAGACCCUUAUCCCCAAGCCGAUGAUGCAGCACUACAUAAGCCUUCUGCUCAAGCACCGCCGCCUUAUCCUUUCUGGGCCAAGUGGAACUGGCAAAACCUACCUAACGAAUCGUCUGGCUGAGUAUUUGGUGGAGCGCUCAGGCCGCGAAGUCACUGAUGGCAUUGUCAACACUUUCAAUAUGCACCAGCAGUCAUGCAAGGACCUACAGCUUUACCUCUCCAAUCUGGCCAAUCAGAUUGAUCGGGAAACAGGGAUAGAUGUGCCAUUGGUCAUCCUUCUUGAUGACCUCAGUGAGCCUGGCUCUAUCAGCGAGCUCGUCAAUGGAGCACUCACCUGCAAGUACCACAAAUGCCCCUAUAUCAUCGGGACAACCAACCAGCCUGUGAAGAUGACUCCAAACCAUGGCCUUCAUCUCAGCUUCAGGAUGCUGACAUUCUCUAAUAACGUGGAGCCAGCCAAUGGCUUCCUGAUGCGCUAUCUACGCCGGAAGCUGCUUGAGUCCGACAGCGAUGUCAAUGCCAAUCGGGAGGAGUUGCUUCGUGUGCUGGACUGGGUGCCCAAGCUCUGGUACCAUUUGCACACCUUCCUGGAGAAGCACAGCACCUCUGACUUCCUUAUUGGUCCCUGUUUCUUCCUGUCAUGCCCCAUUGGUAUUGAGGAUUUCCGGACCUGGUUCAUUGAUCUGUGGAACAAUUCCAUCAUCCCCUACCUUCAGGAGGGAGCAAAGGAUGGGAUCAAGGUGCAUGGGCAGAAAGCUGCCUGGGAAGAUCCUGUGGAAUGGGUGCGAGACACGUUGCCAUGGCCAUCGGCCCAACAAGACCAGUCAAAGCUCUAUCACCUUCCCCCACCCAGUGUGGGGCCUCACAGCAUUGUCUCACCCCCAGAGGAACGGAGUGGCAAGGAUACUACACCCAACUCUCUGGAAUCAGACCCCUUGAUGGCGAUGUUGCUGAAGCUCCAGGAAGCAGCCAACUAUAUUGAGUCUCCCGACCGAGAAACCCUGGACCCCAAUGUGCAGUCGACACUCUAAAGGUGACUGGAUCAGGAUGGGACGGAGACUGGAGUGAGCUGGUCUCUGCUGCCUUCGCUCCUCGUUCUUCUUUGUUUUCUUUUGUAUCUGGAACCUGUGGUUUGGAACAGAACACCACAGAUGGACGAUGGAGGAGGCUGCUUGACCCUCCGCUGCAAGAUACUGCCCCCCCACCCCCCAAUGAGUUUGGUGGUAGGAGAAUGAUGGUUUUUAUUCUUAGGCUUUUUGCCUCUAUCAUAAACUCCUGGGCUUUGCAGUAUGGCUGGGUGGGUGGCGGUGGUGGGACAUUGCUAAAUCCCUCGGAUCCAGGGUUCGCAGCAUCUGAGUUCCUGUAUAGGGUAAAGACUCGAGACCUUGUGGAACUGGCCACUGCAUUGUUUGCAGGGCAAUGCCAGCGGGCAGGGCAACAGACAAGUUUGUGGUUCCCUAACAUGAGGAUCUUUUUAUAAAAAAAAAGUAAAGAAAAGCAAAAACCCAGAAAGGAACCUGGAAGUAUCUGAGUAGAAGAGUCGCCGCUGCAGCAAUCCAGCUGUUGCCGUAACUGUUUCCCCUCCGGAUGCUUCCCUACCACAACAAACAUAGGCAAAGGCCUAGGACUGUUAACUCUGUCUUUUGUACCCUCCUUAUUUAAUCUGCAUGAUCGUCCUUUUACAUUCAGACUUCCAAUAAACUCUGCAUUGUUUUCCC